GAAUUGUAGUCCGGGUGGGCGGGGCCGCCGCUCCCGCCGGGCAGCGCGCGGCGCACGCGCAGUGGUGCGCGCGGCAGCAUGGCGGCCUAGCGGGGAUGUCGGUGCUGCGGCUGCGCGCGGCCCUGGGCCCGGCCCGGCUGCGGGGCCCCGGGAUCUCAUGGAGCGUUCUCAGGAACUACUCCUCGGCCAGCGCCAAGGAGAAGGCGAGCAGGAGCGGCGUCUGCGAGAGGACGGAGCUGCUGGAGGUGCUGAAGGCUCGAGUGAAGCAGCUCCAAGCCGGUCACAUCCCGGAGGUGACGCUCAACAAGGGGGAGCUGGCCCCGCUGAGCAGUGACAAGCUCCAGGAGCCGCUGUGGAAAGCGGUGGCUCCUGGCCCCGUGGGGCAGCAGCCUGGUCCCCGGGGAGGGGAUGAGAAGCCGUCUCGGCCCGGCGGCUGGGCUGAGAAGCUGAAGAAGGAGAUGCACGUCCGGCAGCUGAAGGUGGAGCGGAGGUUGUCCAUCGCUGCCGCCCAGCUGGCUCCAGAGGGCCAGGUCAAGGACAAACCGAAGGUCAAGGCAAAGGGCAAGACAAAGACCAAAGCUAAAGCCAAAGAUAAAACCAAAGAGAGCCUGAAGAGCCCAGAGAGCCUGAAGAGCCCAGAGAGCCUGAAGAGCCCAGAGAGCCUGAAGAGCCCAGAGAGCCUGAAGAACCCAAACAGCGCCAAGAGCCCAAAGGCUAAAGUGGUCGCUGCCUGGAGCCAGAGCCACACUGUCCCCCGCGUCAUCUAUCCCCACGGCAAGCCCCGGGUGCUGGCAGUGAAGGAGGUUGCGAAGCCGCCGCGGUCACAGAGUGGGGCCAAGGACAGCAGCCAGCACAAGGUCCUGCAGCAGACCAUCCACUCCAACCUCGAGUGCUUCCUCUUCCUGCAGAAGCCAGAGGAGGCUGAGCGGUUCCUGCUUCUGUACCACAGCUCCCCGGCCAAGAGAAGGCUGUUGGAUGUCAAUGCCUACAACAUCGUGAUGCGCUGCUGGGCAAGACAGGGCAACCUGAAGCAUGUCAACCGCCUGUUCUCCAUGCUUGAGGCCGCGGGGCUCCAGCCCAGCCUGGACUCGUACGCAGCGGCGCUGGAGUGCAUGGGCCGGGUCCCGCCGCCCGCCAAAGCCGUCCACAGGUGUGUGCAGCAGCUGAAACACAAUGGUUUCCACGUGGACGAGCUCUUCCAGAAGUGCCUGUUUGAGGAAGACGAGAAGGAGAUGGUGCUGAGGGCCAUCAGGAUUGUCCAGCCCGAAUACCAGCUGCCCCCUCCUCCCAGCCCCCAGACCUGCACGUCCUCUCUGCUCCAGGACUUCUACUCCAAGGAGAAGAUGGUGUCGUACCCCAAGCUGGAUUUCUCCGUGCAGGAGUUGCAGGAGCGUUUCCAGCGGCAGCUGGAGAUGGAGCUGGACAACACCGUGACCAUUGAGUCGGUGGAGUCGACCAAACCCCUGACCCCGCAAGCUGAGAAAGCGCGCGAGCUGCUGGCCACGCUCCGCUCGCAGUGGCAUGAGUCCCUGCUGCAGGCCCUGCAGAAGUCGAAGCGCAGCAUGGCCAGGCUCACGACGGGGUCGGGGUACAACACGCUGUACCCCUACCUGUGCCUGCUGCCGGAUGAGGAGUACGUGGCCAUCAUGAUGCAGAUCCUCAACAGCCUCUCCCCGCAAGGCGAGUCGCUGGCUGUGCUGGCCAGGGAGCUGGGCAACAAGAUCUACGACAGGCACGUCACGCAGAGGAAGCUGCGCAGCCGCCAGCUGGAGAAGGUGCAGGAGAUCUACCAGGGUUACAUCCAGCUCCUGGCCAGGGACAGCCAGCCCCACCAGUACUUGCCUCGGGAAUACUGGGAGAAACUGGUGGCAGACGCGGGCUUCGGGCCCUCCCUGAACCUGCGGGACUGCAGCUGGCCCUACGUGCUGCUCAUGCGCCUGGGCAUGCACAUGCUGGAGCUGCUGGUGCGGGCAGCCAAGGUGCCCAGGAACAUCCUCAACCCUCGCCUGGAGCCCAAACUCAUCCCUGUCCUCUACCACAUCUACUCCUUCCGCAGCAGCGGGCAGGUUGGGCUGAUAAAGCCCCAUCCCAUCUUCUCUCAGAUCAUGUCAGAUGCUGCUGAGGCCACACUGACCUUUAACUCCUCCGCCAUCCCCAUGCUGUGCCCCCCGGUGCCCUGGACCUCCCCCAACUUCGGGGCCUUUGUCCUGAACGACACCAAGUUGAUGCGGUUUGUGGACGGGGCCGUGCAGCACCAGCUGCUGCUGGAGCAGUGUCCUCCGGUCAACCUGCACCCCGUGCUGGACGCCCUCAACCAGCUGGGCAACUGCGCCUGGAAGAUCAACCAGCCAGUGCUGGAUAUCAUCAUCUCCAUCUUCAACGACAAAGGCAACGAGAGGCUGGACAUCCCCCCGCCUGUCUCCGAGGCGCCCAGGCCUCCCACCGUGCCCGGCGGCUCCGCUGGCAGCAAGACCCAGAAGCACGAGCUGCUGCUCUACAAGAAGAAGGUCGCUGAGAUGCACAGCUUGCGCAUGGACGCGCUCUACAAACUCUCCAUCGCCAACUACGUCAGGGACAAGGUGUUCUGGUUUCCUCACAACAUGGACUUCCGAGGCAGGACUUACCCUUGCCCGCCGUAUUUCAACCACCUGGGUAACGACGUCACCCGUGCCAUCCUGCUCUUCGCGGAGGGGCGGCCCCUGGGGCCCAAGGGCCUCGACUGGCUCAAGAUCCACCUGGUGAACCUGACGGGGCUGAAGAAGAAGAACGCUUUGCAGGAGCGUCUGGAAUACGCCAACGAGAUCAUGGAGGAGAUCCUGGACUCGGCCGACCGCCCGCUCACGGGCCGGCGCUGGUGGAUGGACACGGACGAGCCCUGGCAGGCCCUGGCGUGCUGCAUGGAGAUCGCCAAGGCCUCGCGCUGCCCGGACCCCGCAGCCUACGUCUCGCACUUCCCGAUUCACCAGGAUGGCUCCUGCAAUGGUCUGCAGCACUACGCAGCCCUGGGCCGGGACCUCAUCGGCGCCAUCUCUGUCAACCUGAUGCCUUGCAGUGUCCCACAGGACGUCUACAGCGUGGUGGCCCAGCAGGUGGAGGAGUUUCGGAAGAAGGAUGCUGAGCAGGGGGUGAGGAUCGCUCAGGUGCUGCAAGGCUUCAUCAGCCGCAAGGUGGUGAAGCAGACGGUGAUGACGGUGGUGUACGGCGUCACGCGCUACGGCGGGCGGCUGCAGAUGGAGAAGCGUCUCAAGGAGAUUGACGGUUUCCCUGAGGAAUACCUGUGGGAAGCAUCUCAGUACCUCGUAAAGCAGGUGUUCAACAGCAUCAAGGAGAUGUUCUCAGCCACUCGUGAUAUCCAGAACUGGCUGACAGAGAGCGCCAAGCUCAUUGCGCAGUCAGGACGGACGGUGGAGUGGGUGACACCGCUGGGUCUCCCCAUCGUGCAGCCCUACUACCGCUCCAAGCCCACUGUGCUGAACUGCGGCAUGCAGCACCUGAGCGUGAAAACAUUCUACACUAACCAGAAGCCUGACACGGUGAAGCAGAAGAACGCCUUCCCUCCCAACUUCAUCCACUCGCUGGACUCCACACACAUGAUGCUGACGGCUCUGCACUGCCUCAGACAGGGUCUGACUUUUGUCUCAGUCCACGAUUGCUACUGGACUCACGCUCUCACCGUGGAUGUCAUGAACCAGAUCUGUCGGCAGCAGUUUGUGGCUCUGCACAGCGAGAGGAUCCUGCAGGAUCUGUCCAAGUUCAUGCUGGAGACGUACUGCAGCCCCGGCAGAGAGACCAGAGCCCUCUGGCAGAAGAAGCUGAUGGAGCAGCUGUCGAACGUCCCCGAGACAGGUGAAUUCAACCUGAAGAAGGUGAUGGAUUCCACCUAUUUCUUCAGCUGAUCCCUGGCAGGCCCUGGGCUACCUCUGGCGUGCAGUGGGCUCGGGGGCUGCGGUGGGCGCUGGCCCACAGGCUCCGCGUCCUGCGGCUCCUGGGGAAGGUGCAUCUAGCUGCCCAGCAAAGGUACCUGUCCCAGGGCGAGCUGCUGGGCAAACCGGGAGUGCAGGAGCCUGAGGGGCUGGUGGGGGCCAGGGGAGCUGCGCUGUACGGGGUCCCUGCUCUUUGCUGUCACUGUGUCCAGGGACAGGGAGAGGGCGUCGAGCUGGGGGCUGUGCUCUCUGCUGUGGGGCAGAAGGGGUGACAGCAGCCGAGCAGCUCCCCUCGGUCCUGCCCCAGCACCAUGUGCCUGUCCCUGCUGUGACCCUCAGAGCUCGCGUGGCUGUGCCAGUCCUGGGGUGUCACUCCCUCCAUCCCCCCACCAGCGGGCACAGACCUCCCAGAGUGUCCGACCUGCCGGGCACCGUCACCUCCUGCAGCCUCUGUGGCUCCCGGCUCUCAUUUCAGGGAUCGGUUUCAAUUCUCACUGGGUCUCAGGCAGGGAAAACCACUACGGUGAGGGUGGAGGUGUAUGAUACUGUAAAUAAAAGCUUUUUUGGAAUACGA